CACACAACACCGUGGCUCUGGCGGAAGGAGCACGACCUGGCCCUGAUCGAACUGAACGCACCCGUCCCGGAAUCAGAGUCCGUGCAGCCCGUGUGCUUACCUGUUGAUCCCGACUACUGGCCGGCCAAGGGAACGCUAUGCCGCGUCGCCGGCUGGGGAGUCACCCUAGACCCGACCCAGAGCCGCCAUUUUCUGCGAGAGGUGGCGCUCCCCGUGGUGGACCGCAAGCAGUGUCAGGCCUGGUUCACGGACCGCGAGAUCGGACAGACGCAACUGUGCGCGGGCUACGAGCGCGGCGCCCGGGAUGCCUGCACGGGUGACAGCGGAGGACCCUUGGUGACGAGGAACGGAAGCCAGUGGAUACUGGUGGGCGUCGUCUCCACCGGCGUCGGAUGCGCCAAGCCGCGUCAGCCGGGCAUCUACACGGCCGUGGCUCCGUACCUGUCUUGGAUUAGUGAGGAGACCGGACUAUGACUCACACCUACUCGUAUCCAUUCUAUGCAAUGACUUGGGAAUGUUGUU